AUGUCACAACUUUGCGACCUUUGCGACAGUCCGUCAAUGGCGUACGCGUCGGAAUACGGCAGCGUGAAGAAGAUGGCGGAGAGAGUAAACGAUGCCGAGCUACUCAAGGAGAAGGCCAAUAAAUACUUUAAAGAUAAAGACUAUGAAAAUGCAAUCAAGUACUACUCUGAGGCCUUGGAACUCAACCCUUCCAACGCAGUCUACUACAGCAACCGCAGCCUGGCAUACCUGCGCACUGAAUGCUACGGCUAUGCCUUGGCGGAUGCGACCAAGGCCCUGGAUAUUGACAAGAACUACAUCAAAGGGUAUUACCGCCGGGCCACCUCCAACAUGGCCCUGGGCAAGUUCAAGGCUGCGCUCAAGGACUACGACACGGUAGUGCGCGUUCGACCGAACGACAAGGAUGCAAAAAUGAAGUACCAGGAAUGUAACAAGAUUGUCAAGCAGAAGGCAUUCGAGAGAGCCAUCGCCAGCGACGAGAUCAAAAAGUCAGUUGUCGACUCUCUGGACAUUGAAAGCAUGACAAUCGAGGACGACUACACGGGCCCCAAGUUGGAGGAGGGCAAGGUCACCCUGAAGUUCAUGAAAGAAAUGAUGGACUGGUUCAAAGAGGAGAAGAAACUGCACAGAAAGUGUGCAUAUCAGAUUUUGGUGCAAGUGAAAGACCUUUUAUCCAAACUACCAAGUCUUGUAGAAGUCACAGUACAAGAGGCAGAAAAAAUAACCAUUUGUGGCGACACACACGGGCAGUACUACGAUCUCCUCAACAUCUUCGAGUUGAACGGCCUGCCGUCGGAGAGCAAUCCUUACCUGUUCAAUGGUGAUUUUGUGGACCGCGGAUCUUUCUCUGUGGAGGUCAUCCUCACCCUGUUUGGCUUCAAACUGCUCUUCCCCGACAACUUUCACCUGCUUCGAGGUAACCACGAGACGGACAACAUGAACCAAAUGUACGGCUUUGAAGGCGAAGUCAAAGCCAAGUACACGGCGCAGAUGUUCCAGCUGUUCAGCGAGGUCUUCCAGUGGCUUCCCCUCGCGCAGUGCAUCAACAACAAAAUAUUGGUGAUGCACGGCGGGCUGUUCAGUGAAGACGGCGUCACAUUGGAGGACCUCAGGAAGAUCGAGAGGAACAGACAGCCUCCAGACUCAGGUCCCAUGUGUGACCUCCUCUGGUCGGACCCCCAGCCUCAGAACGGGCGGUCGAUCAGCAAGCGAGGUGUGAGCUGCCAGUUUGGGCCUGACGUGACAGAGCGCUUCCUGGAUCAGAACAAGUUGGACUUCAUCAUCCGGAGUCACGAAGUUAAGGCGGAAGGCUACGAGGUCACUCACUCAGGGAAGUGCAUCACUGUCUUCUCGGCGCCCAACUACUGUGACCAGAUGGGAAACAAAGGAGCUUUUAUCCAUCUCAGGGGAUCCAAUCUCAAGCCAGAGUUCCAACAGUUCACUGCUGUGCCUCAUCCGAAUGUGAAGCCCAUGGCGUACGCCAACACGCUAAUGCAGCUGGGGAUGAUGUAGACCCUGGAGCCGGUCCGUCAAGACCACCAGAAGCGUCACACUUCACUCCCCUCAGUGCUCCCCGACUCCCAUUUUGGCUUAAGGGAUUCCACGCCCCCUCGCUUUAUGAGGGAGAUCCCUUAGACUCCCUCACCUGGUCCACAAGGUUACCACUUCCAAACUGGAAAACAUUUCCAUGGUUCGCUCGCCUCGUACACGAAUCCAACACUCAGAAUCACGGAUGUGUCUCAUUGUUUCUUUUUUUUAAUGGAUUACCUAUCUGGUCCGUACCAAAGAGCUGUAUUGGAAUGAUAGUCAAGUUUUCAACCAGAAGCGACUCUCAAAGAGUUUAGCGCAUGCGCACAUCCGAGAUGGUUCCAAGAGUGGCAUUUCCAUCAGUGUGUCUCCAAACAGUAUGUCAUUUUAUUCAUGUUUUAUUACUUUUCAGGUAUAUGAGGUGUCCAUACACGUAUGAUCCCAGCUCGAAAAGAGAGACUGACUCUGGGUUCACGUCGAGGUGCUGUUUGCCAUUUGUGACGUGUUAGCUAGAACAGACGUGGUCGUUUAAUUUGCACUGCUUCUUCUGGAGGAAGAUACUGCUGCUCCCCACCACCCCCAUCUUUUCACCCCAUCAGCUCACGCUGUUCCCACUCUCCGAACCCAAGCACCCGACAUGUCACCCAGAAUUGUGGAUUACUACAGUAACACACAAAAUAAUAAAAACGUCCAAAAUGUUACCCUGUUUUAAACGCACAGCCGCAUUGUCUGAUGACCCUCUACUUUUUAGGUAAAGAUAUACACUGAUGUGUAUGUAUAUAUACUGUAUCAUUUAUUGAGAUUACAUGUAAUGUUUGGACAAAAAAAUAAAAUAAAAAAAUCAGUCCAGAUAUUUUAGAAAUA